UGGCUUGGGAGAAGGGAUCUAAUUUGGUGAUUUGAUCAAAUAGUCUUCAAAUCAAGGGUCUUAGUUAAAUAGUCAUAGUAUGCACAUAAGAGAGAGAAAUCAGUAGGAUAGAAAGGGAGAGUGUUAAAAUCCAAUCUGUGAGGGUUUUAUCCACAAUUCUACUUUAGACUCAUAUUCUCCAAUCUAUAAAAGAACCAAGUGGCACUAUUCAUUUCUGUUGAAGUUAUUUGUUAUGUUUUAAGACUAUUUAUCAGGAAUGUCAGAUGCUUAAAAAUCUAAAAAUCUGAAAUUAGGUAUACAUGUCUAACACUUAAGCAAAUCUACACCAUUUCAAAUUUGAACUGAAAAGUGUGAAUCUGAAAUUUCGGUUCAAAACUUCAAUGAUUCAAGGCAUAUUUCAACUGCGCUAAGAAUUUACUUAAACAGCUAGUACAGGGGUAUAAAACUGCAAUGUCACGUUGUCAUAACAUGCUGUAUUGUGACUUUUUCCCCCUUCACUAAAACAGGGGUGGGCAUGGUCAGCAUGUGACACAUCUGGGUUGCCACCUCUGUUCUAGUUGAUAACUGAAAUUUUGAACCAAAAUUUUACUUUUACGCUUUAUAAUGUACUUCAAAGUCCAAAUACUAUAGAUUUCCUGAAGUGUUUGGCAGAUACCUAGUAACAAAAUCCAUAUGUGCUUCCUUAAUAUUUAAUAACCAAUUAUUAAAUUAUAACUAUUGAUGGCAAAUCUGUGGAAAUCAAAUAACAUACCCAAGUUUCUAUUGUUAGGAAAUGCUCACAGAUUAUAAAUUGUAAAGUGGAUUUUGAGAACAAUUUCUGGGAGGCAUUUAAUUAAGGUUUAGCUAAACUCUCAGGAUCCCGAUUCCACCGGGGGUUUAAAAAUAUUCUGAAACUUCCUUUAAUAACAGAAAUUAGAAACAGCUGUGAUGUUUCAGCUACCAUGUCUUUAUGCUUGCCGAGCAAGAUUUUUGCACCUUUGUAGAGUUGAGCAUUUGUUCCGAACAUGAGAGAUACCUUCAAAUGAAUGUUUUCUCCUCUCUCUCUCUCUCUUCCUUCCCCUUCAGAUUUGGGUUGCUGCCAGUUCAACCAAGAUCGGCUGAACCAGUAGUAGCGGAGGUGGGAGGAUCCUGGAAGGAUCAUUCCUGCAAUGCUAAUUUCUGCCCUCAGUACCACUGCCAUAGUAAUUACAUGAUCUUUUUGCAGGUUUCCAGUGCGAGGAGAAGGUUUAUGUGCAUAUAUAAAUGGAAAAGGGACUGAUAGCACCUUGUGUUCCAUGGAGAAACUUUUUCUCUGCAGCCGGCCAGAAAGUUGCAGGCCUGGAUGACACAACCACGUGAAAAGAGGAGAGCUCCUGGCUUAUCACAAUUCGUUUGAUCCGAGGUGCCCUCCCGACCAACAAAAAAGCCCACAAACUAAAAAAAGAAAAGGAGAAAAAAUAAUACACCAAUUACAAGAUGAAAAAGGAAUCACACAUCAUUGGAGGAAAGAGAAAAAAAUACAUAAUACGACAUUUCUUUGAAAAACUAUGGCGCGAGGUUAGGGCAGAUUGGCAGCGCUUCGCGUUGAUUGGACGAAGCGUUAGAGAGACAUGUCAUUUCGCCAAAGGUCACGGAUUCCAGAAUCCCGGCAGGGUAUUAUUUAGACUCAGCGCUCCAAAACGCGGAGUGAGGAAAGAAACCAUCGGGCGCUAUGCUUUCAGAUGGGGAAGAGGGGGCUCUGGAACACCUGACGUGGGUGGGGAAGUUCCCCUCACGGUCCUCGGAAAGGAGCUGCUGCCUGACGCGGAGGGGAUUUCCCCGCAUUUUUAACGUUGAGCUCCACUAUGCGGCCGCGUCUUUUUAUGGGCAGGUCGGAACGUGGGAAAGCCGAAAAAGUUUUACAAAGUUCCCUCACCGGGCAAUUCUUUUCCUGCUGGCUGCGUUAACCACUGUGCGAGCUGCUCCAUGAGAUCUGGAGCAAAAAAGGGGCUGGCCGUAGGACAAUUGGUCGGAAAGGAGAGACGGGUUUCCUUGUUAAACCGAAAAUAAACUGCAAAAUUUAGAGGUCUAACAAGACUGAACGGGCUGCCUGGACGACAACUUGGAAGAUGCCAGAAGAAAUUAAAGUAUUGGUAGAAGGAGUUUCUCGAUACUGUGAUUGUUUGACUCCUGAGAUGACAACUGCAUCUUCUCCUGGAUGCUGUGGCAGAAAGAGGGCCAGAAAUGCUGAUCACAACAAAGCUCUCAUACCUAAAUGCAUUUCAGACAAACUAUUCACAGUAGGAGCUGUUAUUGUAAUCACAGCUUUGAUCAUUACUAUCAUUUCAUUGGCUGUUAAAGAGACAGAAACAUGUUCGCCUUGUCAUCCCCUUGUAAGUGCUGCCUGCCCGGAUUCCUGGAUUAGAUUCAAUGGGAAAUGCCUCUACAUAUCAAAAGACGAAAAGAAUUGGUCUCUCAGUUUAAGCACCUGUUCCUCAUUUGAUGCAUCCUUGGCUGUGAUUGAUACUCAGAAGGAAUUGGAUUUUUGGCUGAAUAUUUUCCGUUCCUAUCAUUACUGGUUUGGUCUCUCAAGGAAAGUUAACAGGAUGUGGAAAUGGUCCAAUGGCACAGAGUUUAAAAAUCAGUUCCCAGUGCGAGGAGAAGGCUUCUGUGCAUAUCUAAAUGGAAAAGGAGCCAGUAGUACCAUAUGCUCCAUGGAGAAACGUUUUCUCUGCAGCCGGCCAGAAAGUUACAACAAGGCUGGAAUGAAGGGAAGCCCCUGGCUGGGAGAAAUAUGGCGGGGAGGGCAGAGCAAUAUGACAAUUGAGUGACAGCAUCUCAGGGAGCUCUUAACUUUUAUUUGAGCUUUUUUUUAAUUUAAAGCUAAAAGAGUUCAUUUAAGAAUUGUGCUGAAAAACCGCUAAUAACCUCAGUCCUGAAUUAGCUUUUAGUAAUUUUUGCUUUAGAAUUAAGGCUAGCUAGUUAGGAGCCAAGGCAAUAGGCUAACUCUGUGAAUGGCUUAGAGAGGGCUGUUAAAUCACUGUGAAGUGGUAUAUAAGCGUAAGUGGUAUUAUUAGCCAGUAUUUUAGAGCCUGAAGUUCAACUGCACUGGAUGCCUGCCAAUUAUGGGAGGCAACAAAGCUCUGAGACAGAAACAAAGAAGGACCCAAAGAGAAAAACCAGCCUGAAAUGCCACAAAGAGAAAAUUCCAAGCAUUCUGAACAUUUUAAAGUAGGGGUGUUAAACUCAAGGCCCAGAGGGCGGAUCCGGCCUGUAGGGUGCUUAGAGAUGGCCUGCAGGGCCUCCCUGGAAACAGCAAAGGACCACCCCGUAGUGCCUCUAGCAGUGAAAAUGGAUUUUUGCUGGCAGAGGAUUGCAGAAGGCCAUUGCAGCCGAAAAUGGAGCUCGCAAGGGCCACAGGCAAACCCCCC